GGCAGCUUGGGGCAAGCAGCGGGACCCCAGCUCGAAGCAUCCGCCUAUGCACGGAGCCCCUGACCCCUCCUUGGCCGCUCCUCGCUGAGCAGGACCCGAGCCGGCCCGUGCGGCCGGUGAGGACCUGCUCCGUGCGGGCUCAACGCACCGGUGUCCCCCGCUCCGCAGUCCCUGCGACAGCUUCUUGGGGGGGGGGACAAGGACCUUGCCCACAAGGACCUCGCCCACAAGGACCUCCGAAGAGGCGGGAUUUCUCCGGGAAGAGGAAACGGGAUUUUGUUGUGUGACUUGGGAGAUGAGACAGGUAUCUAGUGUGGGGUUGCUCCUUGGGCUCAUGGCUCUCCCAGCGGCGCUAGGACAGAGAAGUUCAGAAAGCCCUACAAACCACAAUCAGACUCAAAGCUUUCAGAUCGUCUCUUUCAAGUGGGAGCACGUCAAGGACCCUUAUAUCAUUAUUCUCUGGAUCCUUGUGGCCAGCUUGGCCAAAAUUGUUUUCCAUUUGUCCCACAAAGUCACUCGGGUGGUUCCGGAGAGUGCUCUGCUGAUUGUUCUUGGUCUCGUCCUUGGUGGCAUUGUGUGGGCAGCAGACCACAUUGCCUCCUUUAAACUUACACCUGAUGUAUUUUUCUUCUAUCUGCUGCCCCCCAUUGUUCUGGAUGCUGGAUAUUUUAUGCCAAAUAGGUUGUUCUUUGGAAAUCUUGGUUCCAUCCUUUUGUAUGCUGUCAUUGGGACAGUCUGGAAUGCUGCCACAACUGGUUUAUCUCUCUACGGUGUCUAUCAGACAGGAAUAAUGGGCCACCUGGAUAGUGGACUGAUGGACUUCCUCCUGUUUGGCAGCUUAAUUGCAGCUGUGGAUCCUGUAGCAGUUCUGGCAGUGUUUGAAGAAGUCCAUGUCAAUGAAGUUCUAUUCAUCAUUGUUUUUGGAGAAUCUCUUCUGAACGAUGCUGUAACUGUGGUGCUGUACAAUGUGUUUGAAAAAUUUGUUGAACUAGGACCAGAGAAUGUGACGGGGAUUGAAUGUGUCAAAGGCAUAGCGUCAUUCUUUGUGGUGAGCCUGGGUGGGACACUGGUUGGCAUUUUGUUUGCAUUCCUGCUCUCAUUGGUCAGCCGCUUCACCAAGCAUGUUAGAAUCAUUGAACCUGGAUUCGUGUUUAUUAUUUCCUACCUGUCCUACCUCACAGCAGAGAUGCUUUCUCUUUCUGCUAUCCUUGCGAUAACUUUCUGUGGCAUUUGCUGUCAGAAAUAUGUCAAGGCUAACAUAUCUGAACAAUCUUCUACAACUGUAAGGUAUACCAUGAAAAUGUUGGCCAGUGGAGCAGAAACUGUUAUCUUCAUGUUCCUAGGAAUUUCAGCUGUAGAUCCAGCUAUCUGGACAUGGAAUACAGCUUUUAUACUGUUGACUCUGGUAUUCAUCUCUGUAUAUAGAGUCAUUGGUGUAGUUAUACAGACAUGGAUUCUUAACCACUACCGAAUGGUCCAGCUGGAGAUAAUAGACCAGGUGGUGAUGUCUUAUGGUGGACUACGUGGAGCAGUUGCUUUUGCUCUGGUUGCACUUCUGAAUGUGGAUAUAGUGAAAGAAAAAAACCUGUUUGUCAGCACAACUAUCAUUGUUGUGUUUUUUACUGUUAUUUUCCAGGGAUUGACAAUCAAACCUUUGGUACAGUGGCUGAAAGUGAAGAAAACUGAACACAGAGAGCCAAAACUAAAUGAGAAACUUCAUGGCAGGGCUUUUGAUCACAUCCUUUCUGCUAUAGAAGACAUCUCUGGACAAAUAGGACAUAAUUAUCUAAGAGACAAGUGGUCCAAUUUUGAUAGGAAAUUCCUCAGUAAAGUACUGAUGAGAAGGUCUGCUCAAAAAUCAAGAGACCGGAUCCUUAAUGUUUUCCAUGAACUCAACUUGAAGGAUGCGAUUAGCUAUGUGGCUGAGGGAGAACGUAGAGGUUCCUUGGCAUUUAUACGUUCUCCAAGUACAGACAACAUGGUGAAUGUGGAUUUCAGCACCCCACGCCCAAGUACUGUGGAAAGCUCUGUGUCUUAUUUACUGAGAGAAAAGGCUGGACCAGUUUGCCUCGACAUGCAAGCUUUAGAGCAGAGAAGGAAAAGUAUUCGGGACACAGAAGAUACAGUUGCUCACCACACCCUACAACAGUACCUGUAUAAACCCAGGCAGGAGCACAAACACCUGUACAGUCGACAUGAGAUCAUGCACAGUGAAGAUGAGAAACAAGACAAGGAAAUUUUCCAUAGGACAAUGAGGAAGCGCUUAGAGUCUUUCAAGAGUACCAAACUAGGAAUAAACCAUUCCAAGAAGAUGAAUAAAAUCCACAAGCGAGACCGAGGCCAAAAAAGGCGAAACAGCAAUGUCAUACCAAAUGGAAAAAUACCUUCAGAAAUUUCAGUACAAGAUUUUACAUUAAAGGAAAAAGAUUUGGAGUUUUCUGAAGCAGAAGAAAAUAAUGAUUAUGAAACUUUGCAUCUAGGCAAAGGAGUUGAUUUUCUGGCUGAUGUGACCAAGCAAAAUUUCACAGAAAAUUCUACUGGUGAUAUGGACCAUGAUGUUGAAAUGACAGAAUACUCCUCUUCAGAUGACAAAUUGCCUUCUUAUGCAACUGACCAACUAAACCAAAACCAAAGUGUUUCAGAGACUCCCCACCACUUCUUUCCGUCCUGUCUUCAAAUGCCUUGGACACAUAACUAUUAUUCCUUGGAAAACAGAGGGAAUAUAUCUCUUUCUACUGUCUCUGAGUAUAUAAGUUCUUGUGACCCAAGCAUACCUGAUCUCUUCUGGGAGGCAGGUACAGAUUCAAAUAACAAAGAGACAGUAAACUCAGGUUAUGGUUCCGAAGUUAGCUACAAAUCAGAGAAUUCACAAGAAGAGAAUUCUCUACUUAUACCUGAAGAGCUGGAAGACUCUUACAUGAAGGAACCCCAAGAGAAGAAAAUUUUGCUUGAUGUACAAGGAAAUUACAGAUCUGCAGCAGCCAGGCGUGUACAAAGUCGACGUUCUUUUCACAGGCCAAAACCUCUGCAACACCCUAAGCUUCAGAAACUAGCAUCUCUUCCAACAUCUUGCCAUGUCCCUCCACAUUCCUUGGAACAAGAGGAAACACAGCUGUGAGCCAGGGUUUAUCUGAAAGAAGGAGAUGAGAGAGAAUAAGUUGAAUAAAGGGCUUCUGUAAAAAUGGAGAGCAACCUAUUGGUUGGUUCAUGGGGCCUAGAAUGGUUGCCAUAGAAUGAUUUCAUAUGGAAAGGAAGUGGCAUCCCAUGAUACCAGAAACACUGGAGCUUUGCUGCUGCAUUUAUAUUUUUAAGUCCUCGUUCAUAUUGAAAGGGUGCGUAAAGAAGGGAAAAUAUGCCUCAUUAUUUUUCAUGUAGACUGUUACAAAAAACAAUAUUAUUUUUGGAGGGCUAAAGCAAGAAGCUUUUCAAAUGGUAAUUAUUUUUUUAACAUAGAAAUAGUUUAUUAUGCCAUAUAUUCCCAGUAAAUACAUUUAUUAAUGAAAUAGGCUGCAUUUGUUGCUUCAGUAAUGGAAUUCAGUAUUUAUGAUGUAUGAAAUUAAUCUAGGAGAAGCCAAUGGCUAGCCUCUUGCCUGCUAAGUCUAUUCUGACUGAAUGGAUCAGUGCCUUUUAUAAGUGCAAUCUAAAGAAAAAAUAUUUUACUACUCUUGAAUAUUUGUGUUACUGAGUAGUAGCGUGAUAUAUACUCUGGUGGAAAUCUCUGCAGGGAGGGGGAAGCCCUGGCAUCUUGAUAUUCAGUCAAGACCUCCAGGAUGGUCAUUUCCAUCAUUUACCAUCAUUUCUUGUACUCAGUAGCAUUGGACUGAAAUAACAUCCAGAAAUUGUUCAGAAUUUUAGCAUGUGUGGUCACAAGCAACUCCUUUCACAUUCUUAAUUAAGCUGCUCUAUCUAAAAUAGCCUCACUCAGAUGGAAUUUUAAAUAUUUUUCAUUUGUCCUGGUGCUUUGGAAGACAACUUCCAAAUACACUGUUAGAUUACCUUGUUAAUUUAUGUAUGAGCCACUUACUAUAACUGAUUGAGAUAAUGGCCUCUCAGAUGCUUUUUUUUUUUUUUUUUUUUUUUUUUUUUUUUCCAUGAGGGUUAGUGCCAUGAUGACUCAGGAUGUUUGUGUUUUAAAGUACUGUACAGAGGUAGUUUGGCUACUGUGUAUGUAUACAUCUGUUUGUGUUAGGAACUUUUUUUCCCUCCACAUUUCUGUUAAAUGACAAUAGUUAAGAUUGCACUAGACUCCUAGUGUGUAUGAAUCUGACUUUAAAUUGCUUUGAAGCCAGCUGGAGACAUCAGUGAAAGUCAACUCAGAUGAGGACUCCAUAAAAACUAAAACUCUAAGACUUGUCAUGUAAGUAUAAUGAUACAUGCCAUCCUGCUUCUGGCAAAGGCCUUUGGCCUAUCUGUACUUCACCCUGACUGACUCUAGUCCUAAAACUUUGUUUUGAAACGUUCAGUGCUAUAAAUUGCAAAGUUUCUGUGACAUCAGCAGGAGAUGAGUACUUAACUAUUUCUGUGAACCUAGUGUGUACCUUAUAUCUAUUUAAUGUGAAUGUAAACUAUUUGUAAAUGAGAUAAGUCUGUUUCAGGGAGGUAUCUGAAUUACUAAACACUGGAUCCAGCAGAGGUUUUCUUUGGUAAAUUUUAUUUUAUCAUUUGGAAUUAGUGGUUGCUUCACUCUACCUACUAAGAUUUUGAAAGGUUCUCUGUUUGAUUCUGUCAGAUAUCCAAUUACAGAUUUACACAGACACACAAAAGAGUGGAGAAAAAAAGUGUGAAAAUUCAGAUCCAUGUUUUUUUUUUUUGUUUGUUUUGU